CACGUCACUGCUGUUCGUAUAGUAUGUUGGUUUCUGUUGUGAGAUUCAACCGGUCGAGUACGUCAACCUGCGUGGUGGCGAGGAGGGCGCGGAAUGAACGCGGAGAUGAAACACCUGUAAUAUCGAAAGCCCAGAGCCGGAACCGAACCAUGAAACUCGCCACGGUGGCCUUUUACGGGUUUGUUCUGGGGCUUCUGGCGGCUGGCCUGCGGGAGUUGCUGACUGGCUUCGAGGAGAACAGAUGCAGUAUGACCUACAUGUUUGAAUACCCAGAGUAUCGGCGCGUGGCUCUGCCUCGUCGUGUGGCCAGACUGUACCCGGCGUACGGCCUCUACCUCUACGGAGAAGGUCUGUACGCCCAGGAGACCCGAGCGCUCAAACUCACCGGUGCCCCUGUGCUCUUCCUGCCCGGAAAUGCAGGCAGCUACAAGCAAGCUCGCUCCCUGGGCUCUGUGGCCUUGAGGAAGGCUGAAAACAUGGAGGGAGGUCUCCACUUCAACGUGUUCACCGUGGACUUCAAUGAGGAGCUGGUGGCGCUUUACGGCGGCAGUCUGCUCAGGCAGACACACUUCCUGCACGAGAGCAUCAAGGCCAUCCUGAGGCUCUACAAGCACCUGAAGACCCCUCCUCAGAGUGUGGUGCUUGUCGGCCACUCAAUGGGAGGAGUUGUGGCCCGAGCGCUGUACACUUUGCCCCGCUUCAACGCCAACCUGGUCAGCCUCAUCAUCACCCAGGCUUCCCCUCACCUGGCUCCAGUGCUGGCCCUGGACCCGUACCUGCUGGAUUUCUACUCUGCAGUGAGACAGAAGUGGGUGAACCAGGCGAACAAGCUCAGGAACGUCACCGUUCUGUCUGUUGGGGGUGGUUACCGUGACUACCAGGUCCGGUCUGGCCUGACAUCCCUGCCGUGUCCCCCGGGAGACCCCAAUAAAUUAUCACUGGUGGCAACUGCAGUUCCCAGGACUUGGGUGUCCACCGACCAUCUGUCCAUCGUUUGGUGCAAAGAGCUCGUUCUCGCUACCGUCAGGACGUUCUUUGACCUCAUCGAUCCUGAAACCAGACAGUUCACAGUACACCCAGAGAAGAAAAUGUCUGUACUAAACCACCACUUUGUCCGACAUCCCGUCAGGAUGCCGGGAGGAACUCAAGACGCCUCCAUCUCCAUCUCGGAUUUUCCUGAAGCGUGGAGUGAAGUUAACACGCUGCGUCUGGCUUACAGCACACCAAAGGAGGGACAGAUGAAAUACUUCCUGUUUGCCCUGUCGAGUCGCAGGAAAGCUUACAGCCAUUUCUACUGCCGCAGCAACAACCUGGAGAUGACCAGCUGGGUAUAUGGCUGCACACACAAAAACGCUUCUUCAUGUGUGCAUGCAGUGGACCUGUCCAUGGGAACGGAGCUUCUGCCGCCAUACAAGGUCCUGAUUCUGAGUCUCAGUGACUUGUCUUCAGUUACCCAUCUGGUUGUUUCAGCCUCCAACCUCAACGGCAAACAGUUCACGGUGGAGUGCGAGUGGCAGAGACAAGCAUCUCAGACUCUGUCGGUCCCGGUGCCACAUGUCCUGUCCUUCGGUUUGACUGUCAGCGACAUCACGGUCAACUCCUCUGGACUUCUUCACACCAUCAAGCUGCAGCACUUUCACCAGGUUUAUCAGGCUUUCAGAAUUAAUGUCGCAAGCCAGUGUAAAGUACAUAAAGAUAGACUCCCCAGUGUGUACAUAAUGAAUGUGCCGUGGUUUCGAGAGGACUCUUUCACCACAGUCAGUGUGCCAUCAGUGGCCGAGAUCUCAGGGAUGCUCCACACAAGUCGUCUAGACAACACCUCAGAUGUCCUCCUUCGGCUCCACACUGCCCCCAACUGCCAAUAUAAGGUGUCAGUAAGGACUUCAUUACCGAGGGUGCUGGGACAGAUCCUGAGGUUCUGUGGUCCCAUGGUGCCGGUGUACACAGCUGUGACCCUCCUCCUGGCCUGUGGGGGGCAGCUGUCCUCCAUACUGAAGACGAGGCGAGCUGCAGACAUGAGCCAGGUGGUGGCCAAAGGCCUGCAGCCCCAUAAAGUCAGUCUGCCCGUUUAUAUUCUGCACUUCUUGCUUAGCUGCAGCUGGUUUCAAGAGGUCUGGUCAGCUCUUUGCCUCCCCCUCAUGGAUGUUCUCCCCCCAGCCACCCCUGACGCAACGUUUCACGAGGGCAGCGGACCAGCUGAAGAAUGGCCCCACCUUCUGUCCCCUCUGCUUUACGUGUUCGGGGCGGCGGUUGCUUACUGGGGCAGCACACUCCUCCGUCUCGUGAUGCGACUGGUCUCACUAAUAUUCACUCCGCUACACAGACCAUCUGUCUCUAGAGACUGCGGCACCCUGCGGCCGCGGACGCAGCUCCUCAUCGCUCUGUGUCUGAUUGUGAUGGGCGGGACUUCCUGUGGAGCGCUGUCGAUCUUCGCCGCCUUCCUGCUCCACCUUUACAGGGUCCUGAGGCUACAGAUGACCGAAAGAUCUUUGAGUCACAUGUUGAAUCUGGCCCCUCGGAAGCACACGGAAGCUGAGAACGGCGCAGUCGACGCUGAAUCCAUCAGGAAGUCAAAAGAAUGUAACGGCGCCCCCCUGCUGUCUGAGUGUGCCCUGCAGGAGGUGAGGGAUGACUUACAGCUCCACCUCUGCCUGUCAGCGCUCUUCACACUUCCUCUCAUGCUCAGCGCACCGUCACUCAUCCACUGGAUCCGCAACCUGAGGUAUUCCACCCAGUUGGAUCCCGACCCUUGCUGGCCACACAUUGUGCCUGUAAUUAUUGUGUACAUGCUGCUCAUAAACUGCAACACUUUAAAACUCAGCAACAGUAAACUCCUGCCUCUGACGUCCUGCCUCCCACUCCCACUGGCCAUCGCCACAGUGACCUUCUCUCCGCUCCACCUCUACAGAGUCACCUACUUCCUGUUGGCGGCACUCGUCCCCCUGGCCUCGUGUUGUCUGCUCUGACGGUAUCUCGCCGUGCUCAGUCCGCGUCUCUACCAUAACAAGCCUUCCUCUAAAUUACAGCUUUACUCGCUGAAGCCGGUCGAGACGCAGGAUUCGUCGCGGGAAGACUCUCCAGCUUCCGUGGAGCAGAGCCAUAGACAUACUUAGCUCGGGGAACUGUCUGCCCAGUGUUGGCACUAAAAGCUCCAUGGUAAUUACACUGUGUUUUAAAUCGAGAGGAUGUAACGGCCUUGGAACGUUUGGUGCGAAUGUGGCUCUGAAGGACUAACCUGAAACCACGUUUGCCUUACUCUGUAUAUCUAUAGCUCUGCCUUCAAGGAGCGACGACUCCACAGCCAGUGAAGCUACUGACACUAGAGAUUCACGACAGGGUCUUACUGUUGCAAAGGUGUUGCUUUUGUUUGUGUCUUCAGUGGCGUAAUUCACUGUGGUCACUUCGCUGUAAACUCCUACACUGCCUACUGCUUAGCAAUGACUGUCAGGCUGUCGCCACACGUUCAUUCCAUCAGAGAAAUCCAAAGUAAAGAUGUUUACAUCCUCCCUUAUUCACUCUUCAGUACGCAACAAUCACGAAGGCAGCAAAAUGAAGGUUUGAGACGAUUGUGCCUGUGAUGCAGUUUUCAUGGGCCAGCAGGGCUGCAGCUAAGGAUUAUUUCAGUUAUCAGUUAAUGUGACGAUUAUUUUCACGGUUAAUCUGUUAGUCCAUAAAAUGUGAAAAAUGCUCGUCCCAGUUUCUCACAGGCCGAAGUGACGUGACAAAGUGACCAGUUUGUUCUCUUGUCCAACCAGCAGUCCAAAACACUCUUCAUUUGCUGUCAUAAAUGACAAAGAAAAGUGGCGCAUCCUGACAUUUAAGAAGCCAAAGCCAGCAAAUGUUUGACAUUUGUUUUUGCUGGGAAAAAAAUACCAAGAACAAAUAAUCAAUGGCUAAAAAAUGGCUGGCGGUUAAUUUCCUCCUGCAGCUUCUGCUCCUCGUCUUUGAGUCGCAGCCCUCCUGAUUGCUGGAUGUCGGUGAACGUGGGUUCAUCGUCAGCACACACCCCGUUGUGGUUUAUUGUUUACAGCGUUGACUUAUAGUGGAUGUAAUUAAGCUGAUCGACAGGAAAAAGUCUAAAAGACUUGACCUUCAUCAGGUCAGCACGUGGCAGCAGCAACCGAGAUGUGUGUGCGGCCUCAGGGCUGUGCUCGUGUGUGUGUGUCCGGUUUACCUCCACGGUGGGUCCCUGUCGCAAGUGACACGGCCGCCGCAGUGUUUUGAUCCGCUCGCCUCCGGUCUGCCUUCAUGUGCCAAACCGGCCGCAGAAGUCAGUGAGGCGACCGCGUGUUAAACAUGUCAAACAGCCACAUUAGCGUGUGGUGAUGAUGGGACGAGGCCUGAAUGUUCGCCACGUGUUGUCAUGUUGCGGACCAAACGUUUCCCUCGGGUUCGUGGUGACUAACAUCACGUCCCUGGAGCUGGAUGCGGUUCUGGCUGGGGUACCGCACGUCGCGACCUUCUUCUGUGCGCGCGGCUGCAGUAUCGGGGUUAGGAAGAGAGUCUGGUGGUUUCUUAAAGCACAGUCCACAGGUGGAGUUAUGGUGUGUUCAUGACCAAACAGUCCUCCACCUUUUGUCUUACUUCUUUGGUUUGUUGUCUUUGCAAACAUGAGUCAAGUCUUAAAGUUACAGCAACAGAAAAUCUUGUUAACAUUUUGAAUGUUUGCUUUUCCUUGAUAUGUAAAAACACUUGAAUUGAUGGUUUUCCCGCCUGGUUGCUCCUGUUUGGGACAUGCAGUCGUGGGAUCCUGACAAAUCUGCUUUCACACUAAAAACACUGCAAAAUGGAUGAGCGGAACUGUUGUCGUCGCUGGCCUCUGGGGGCUUCUGGUUUUGGUCUGUUGACAGGAAGAGAAACGUGGAAUACGAUCAGACUUUAUCCUCUAACUGAAGCUGUUUCCAUGAGAAGAGGAUGUGAUGUUUGAUAUCCUGAAGCUGUUGGAUUUCAAUGGAAGCAACCCGAUGGGAAAUUCUCAAACCACGAUUAUGCCUGUUUCCUGUGUGUGUGUGUGUGUGUGUGUGUGUUGUUUUGCCAGCAUGUUGGGUUUUUGUUGCCAAUUUUUUUCCUUUUUAAGCUGCUUAACUGCUGGAGUUUGAGAGUUUUAUGAAUCGGCGUAACGAAGAGAACGUCGAUCCCGUGAAGACGAGCGGUUUG